AUGCCGUGGCCGCAAAAGUGCGGCGGACAAAAAAGGCCUCGAGAGGCCACGAAGGACUCUAUGGCCAGGCCCACGGCGGAGAGCCUGAGCAGCAGCAGUAGCAGCAGCAGCAGCAGCAGCAGCAGCAGAGGCAGAGGUGGCGAUGGUGAAGCAGCAGAUGUGGCAGCAGCAGCAGCAGUGGCAGAGGAGAUUGCAGCGGCAACAACAGCCAAAGCGCUGGGGGGAGCAGAUGAAGCAGCAAUGCCGCGGACAGCAGCAACAAGCAGCAGCAGCAGCAGCAGCAGCAGCAGCAGCAGCAGCAGCAGCAACAUACGGGGCCCCCUCUUUGCAUGCAGCAAUCCCUCUCUCUGUGGCUUCCUUGGCAGCUUCCAGAAGUUUCCUUUUCUGUUGAAUUUCGUACCCGCCAGCAAAAUCCUCUGCAGGGGGGCCCUCCAAGGGCCCCCCGGGGGCCCCCCCAGGGGCCCCCCCGGGGUGCCCACGGGGGGCCCCAGGGGCCCCCCUCGGGGGCGGAAGGUAAAGGGCAGUGGAGCAGCAGUCCCCAUGAAAUCCGUUGAGGAAAAGAGUGACAUCAACGGAGACCAAAGAGCCCGCUUUGAAAGGCUCCGCGUUGGGGACUCCUGCAGCAGCAGCAGCAGCAGCAGCAGCAAAGUAGCAGCAGCAGCAGCAAAGUAG